UAUUAUAGCGUAGCACGUGUAGUUGUGUAGCAUUUUAAAUAUAGUUUUGCUCGAGUUUAUACGCAUCCGUCGCAGAAUAUAAUAUGGUUAAAGUACAGAAACCGCAGCCCAAGUCGCUGAACAAGAGCGCCAGCAUCGAGGGCGUGGUGAAGAAGAAGGGCAAGCCGGAAAAAUCCAAGAAACUUGCCACAGACGCCACUGUGGAGUUGGCCAGCAUCAAAAAGGCAAAAAACGCGGCUCCGGUGAAAAAAGAUGCCAUCAAGAAGGAGCAGGUAGCGUCCAAGAAGGAAGCCGAGAAGAAGCAGGUGGUGUCCAGGAAGGAAGCCGCCGAGAAGAAGCCGUCAAAGGCGGCCAAGAGGCCACUGAUUCUGGCUCCACCUGAGUCGCCGGCUGCUCCUCCACCAGCGGCGAAAAAGUCUAAGGCAAAGCCAGCGGCUUCUGCGGCUUCUGCGGCUCCUGUGGGCAAGAAGGUCGCAUCGAAGAAGGCUUUGAUUUUGGCACCUCCAGAGUCCCCAGUGCCACCGAAAAAGCAAGAGAAAAAGACUAAAGCUGCUUCUGCGGAAGCCAAAAAAGAGCAAGCACCAGCCAAGAAGUCUGUCCAAGAUCCCGCACCUUCUACUAAGAAGGCUGCCCAAGUGGCUCCUGCAGCUAAAAAGUCAGGACAAACUGCUUCACAAACUAAAAAGGCUGCCCCAACAGCAGCAGCUAAGAAGUCCCAGAAGCCAGUGACUGAAGCACCAGUAAAGGCCCAAAAACCGGAAAAAGCAGCAGCACAAGCUAAGCCAGCCAAGGCUCAGCCCGCUUCGCAGCUCCAGAAGAAGGCAAAGGCGGUGCAAAAACUGUCUAAGCCUGUCAAGGCACCCAAAUCCAAGAAGCCGCUGAACAAGUCGAAACCUGGCCAGGCCAAAGGCAACGCUGUCAAGAAAGAGCCUGCCAAGACAAAGAAACCAGUUGAGCUGACCUUCGAAUUAAAGUCCUUUGACGAGAAGCGGUUCCAGGAGAUUGUCAACGAAAAGAACGUGACAAAGGUGUGCGAGGCAUUGAAGUCGGUUGUGUCAGAGGAGGUGGCCAAGAAAAAGAACACCUCGAUCUUCUCCGAUUAUCGUUACGUUCUGCAAGUGUGCAGCUACAAGAUCCCGAGCUGCCCAAAGCGCAUGGUCAAGUUGAAUCUAAAGCAUUCGUUGGUGGGCAAGGACGACGAUGUGGCUCUCAUCGUGCCAGAUUUGCAGCGUGGAGCCAAGUUUGACUCCGAUCCCACCAAGCAGCACUACGAGGAUCUGUUGCGAGAGGCCGGUGUAAAGCAGCGCCUAACCAUCGUUCCAUUCAACCAGCUGCGCAACGAGAUGGGUUCCUUCGAGGCCAAGCGCAAGUUCCUCAACAGUUACGACUACCUGUUGUGCGACGGUCGAUUGUCUGGACAGGCUACUGCCUUUUUGGGCAAGAACACCCAGAAGGCCCGCAAUGUACUCCACGCUGUGCGUCUGAGCAAGGACAACGACAAGCUGCCAGAGGAGGUGACCCGUGCCCUCACCCGCACCGCAUUCAGGCAGUUGUCCAAGGGUGAUCUAACUGCCAUUCCGGUGGGCAACCACGAGAACACCGCCGAGCAGUUGGCUGAGAACAUCCUGCUGGUGAGCAAGCAGCUCCAGCAAGUCUAUCCUGGGGGACUGGCCAACAUCCGUUCGAUGUACCUCAAGAUCGACAUUACCGGCACCUCUGCACUGCCACUAUAUGUCAGCAUGUGUGCACCACCGGAGGAUGCACCCUAUGUUGUGGGUCCUCGUGAGCAGCGUAUGCUCAAGCUUAAGAAGCAGGCCAACGAGGUUCUGUCCAAAUUUGCCAUGACCAAGGAUGCGGAGUUCAUUAAGCUCACCCAGAACCAGGUGAAGCGCAAGGCCGAGUUGCAGGCCGAGAAGGCAGCAUUGCUGGCUGCUGAUGCCGCUCCAAAGGACAAUGAUGGCGAGGACACAGCAGUGCCCACAAAGAAGGCUCGCAAGGAUUCGGGCAGCGAGGGCGCCAAGGCCGAAGCUGAAUCCGAUGAGGAGGAGGAAGUCGAGGAGGCAGAGGACAGUGCCGGCGAAAGUGGCGAGGAGGGCGAGGAUGGCGAUGAUACUGAAGAUGAUGACGAUGAAGAAAACGAAGAUGAUGAUGAUGACGAUGAGGACGACGAUGAGGAAGAUGACGACGAGGAAGACGAUGAUGAUGACGAUGACGAGUAAUAUGUCUGUCUUAUUGCUCUGCGUUAGUUUUAGGUUAUUUCUAUAUAUGCAAACCAAUCUUGCUAUAAUUCCGUUUGCAAUUUUUACAACAGUUUUAAGUAAUAAACGAAUGUUUUAAGUAUGGAGACAUACCUCCUUUUACUUAAAGAUCUUUUUAACAAG